AAAAAAAAAAAAAAAAAGAUGGAAUUUGAUAGAACCAAGAGCUACUUGUAUUACUGUAGCAACUGUUCUUUAUUUGUUGGUUUUAAAUUCAAUCUUAUUAUAUUUAAUACAAAUCCAUCUCCGGAUCCCAAAUUUACAUUUCUUCCUUGCCUUUGUUAUUCUCAAUUCGCAAUCACACCUGUCUUUAUAUAUAUAUAUAAUAAAUAAAAUAUCCUCCCCAUUUGUAUUUGUGUUUAACUUUUUUUUUUUUUAUUUUGUGUUUAAUGUGCAUCACAUGCCCGUCAAAUUCCUCUCUCCUUUUUUUUUUGUUUUCUUUCCUGCCGAGAUAGGGAGAGCGAUUAAUUUAGGGUUUGCUUGGCUGCGGAUUGAUCUCUAAUGGAGGCUGGUUCUGAUGGAGAGAUCAACAGGAAUAUGAAUCAGAGCCCCGCCGGCGGGUCUAAGAGGCCUAAGCGUCAAAUGAAGACGCCGUUUCAGUUGGAAGUGCUCGAGAAAACCUAUUCAAUGGAGAUGUAUCCAUCCGAGGCAACUCGAGCAGAGUUAUCAGUUAAAUUAGGUUUAACGGAUCGGCAAUUGCAGAUGUGGUUUUGUCAUAGGAGAUUGAAGGAUAAGAAGGAGUCGGUGGUCGGGGCAGCCAUAAAGCCACACAAUCCUGCGUCAGUUGGGAAGAAGAGAUUGACCGAGUCUCCUAGAGAGGAAUUGAUGACAGUUGAGCCUGUCAGUGGUCAUCAUGCCUCUGGUUCUGGAUCAGCAUCUGGCUCAGGGUCAGGUUCAGGUUCGAGUCAGUUCGAUAAUGGAGAUGAUCAGCCAAUGGCGCCGACAAGGUAUUACGAGUCGCCUAGGACAAUCAUGGAGCGUAGAGUGAUAGCUUGUGUGGAGGCACAGCUGGGCGAGCCUUUAAGGGAAAAUGGACCAAUUCUUGGAGUGGAGUUUGAUGAACUGCCUCCUGGUGCAUUCGGUGCACCUAUAGUGCAGAGAGAACAACAAGAUAGAUACAGACAUUCUUACGAUAGCAAGUUAUAUGGGCAAUACGACUCGAAGCACAUCAAAGCAGCAUCAACUGGUCCUCAUGAAGCAGUGGAGUCUAAAAUUAGGAUUGAUGCAUAUGGGCAUGUGGCUGCAUCAUACCCUUAUGAAUCACCUGUUGAUGGUCACACCUCAAAAAGUUCAUCUCAUAUGCAUGGAAAUGGGCAUCUUCCUAGGGAAUAUGGUACUGAGGGGCAGGUGUCAAGCAUGGAUAUAUAUUCUCAGCCAGGCAGGCAGAUGCAGUUCCCAUCUCCGAUAAACACAGAUUUCACUACACAGAAUGAUAAUAAUUUGCAUAUGGGGAGGAAGAGGAAGACUGAUGAAGCUCGAAUUGGAAAAGAAGUCCAAGCCCAUGAAAAGAAGAUUCGGAAAGAGCUUGAGAAACAGGAUCUUUUAAGACGAAAGAGGGAGGAGCAAAUGAGGAAAGAAAUGGAGAGACAAGACCGUGAAAGAAAGAAGGAAGAACAACGAAUGAUGAGAGAGCAGCAGAGGCAGGAGGAGAAGUUUCAACGUGAGGAAAGGCGUGAAAUGGAACGGAGAGAGAAAUUUUUGCAGAAGGAACUUUUACGGGCAGAGAGAAAGAAACAGAAAGAUGAACGUCUCAGAGAGAAAGAAGCAGCAAGACAAAAAGCUGCAAUGGAGAGAGCAACAGCACGUAAAAUUGCUAAAGAAUCCACGGAGCUGAUAGAGGAUGAGCGUCUGGAAUUAAUGGAAUUGGCUGCUGCAAGCAAGGGAUUGGCUUCAAUUCUGAGUCUUGACUAUGACACGUCACAGAAUCUCGAGUCGUUCCGAGAGGCUUUGUGUGAAUUCCCUCCAAAGUCCGUGCAAUUGAGAAGGCCGUUUGGGUUUCAACCUUGGAUAGAUUCAGAGGAAAAUGUUGGAAACCUUCUGAUGGUCUGGAAAUUCUGCAUGACAUUUGCUGAUGUUCUUGGGCUUUGGCCUUUUACCAUCGAUGAAUUCAUACAAGCUCUUCAUGACUAUGAAUCAAGGCUGCUUGCUGAGAUACAUAUCACAAUUCUGAAACUCAUUGUAAAAGAUAUUGAAGAUGUUGUGAGAACUCCUUCGGGUGGGCCAGGCACAAACCAAUAUAGUGCUAUUAAUCCUGAAGGUGGACAUCCUCAUAUUGUUGAAGGGGCAUAUUUGUGGGGUUUUGACAUACGAAACUGGCAGAAGCACUUAAAUUCCUUGACAUGGCCUGAAAUAUUAAGGCAAUUUGCACUCUCUGCUGGUUUGGGGCCAAAAUUGAAGAAAAAGGGCAUUGAUAAAGUUUCAGCCAACGACGAGAGUAAAGGCUGUGAAGAGAUAGUAUCCACUCUGCGAAACGGUUCAGCUGCUGAGAGUGCUGUUGCUAUUAUGCAAGAAAAAGGAUUUAGCCUCCAACGAAAAUCAAGGCACCGGUUGACUCCAGGAACUGUGAAAUUUGCUGCUUAUCAUGUACUUGCCCUUGAAGGAAGCAAAGGGUUAAAUGUUAUUGAGCUUGCAGAGAAGAUUCAAAAAUCUGGGCUACGUGAUUUGACAACGAGCAAAACUCCAGAGGCUUCUAUAUCUGUUGCCUUGUCAAGAGAUCCAAUACUUUUUGAAAGAAUUGCUCCUUCUACAUACUGUGUACGGCCAGCUUUCAGAAAGGAUCCUGCUGAUGCUGAAUCAGUCAUUGCUGCUGCCAAGGAUAAGAUACAGAGAUAUGCAAAUGGUUUUCUAUCUGGGCAAAAUGCUGACGAGGAAGAAAGAGAUGAUGAUUCGGACAGUGAUGUUGCUGACGGUGCAGAAGCUGAUGCUAUAGCUCUCUCUUUGGAUGCAAACAAAGAUGGUGAAUGUAACGAACUUGACUCCUGUUCUGGUGAUGGUAAAGACAAAGUUCCUGCUGCUGAUGAUCUGCAAAAUGGAAUUAGUACUCCUGGUUUUGGGGAGAGUAAUCCUGAUCAAGGUACUGAGAUUGAUGAAAGCAAAUCAGGUGAACCAUGGGUUCAAGGACUCACUGAAGGAGAAUAUUGCGAUCUAUCUGUUGAGGAGCGUCUCAAUGCCCUUGUGGCCUUAAUUGGUGUUGCUAAUGAAGGGAAUUCAAUUCGUGUAAUUCUAGAGGAGCGAAUGGAUACUGCAAAUGCUCUUAAAAAGCAGAUGUGGGCUGAAGCACAGCUAGACAAAAGGCGUAUGAGAGAGGAAAUUGUCUCUAAGUAUUAUGAUUUUUCUUUUGGUUCUGUACCAGAGGGUGGUCUUAGUCCACUAGUUGUUGCAGAAAACAAAAUAUAUGACCCAACAGUAACCACCUUAGGAAAGGAUUAUCCUUCUGCUGUGGCAGAGGGUAUUCAUAAUUCCGUUGACAAUCGAGCUCAGGAUACAACCAUGGAUCAGUUUAUUCCUCCACCUCAGCAGAACGGACAUACAACAGAGAGGUCGCGAUUGCAGCUUAAAUCUUACAUAGGCCAUAGAGCAGAAGAACUGUAUGUUUACAGGUCCUUGCCUCUGGGCCAAGAUAGAAGGAGAAAUCGUUAUUGGCAGUUUGUAGCUUCAGCUUCCUGCCUAGAUCCUGGUUCAGGCAGAAUUUUUGUUGAAUCACCCAAUGGCAACUGGAAACUUAUUGAUUCUGAGGAGACAUUUGAUACUCUUUUGGCAUCUUUGGACACUCGUGGGGCAAGAGAAUCUCAUUUGCAUAUUAUGUUGCAAAAAAUUGAAGUCAGCUUCAAGGAAUGUGUUCAGAGGAAUUAUCGGUCAUUCUCUGAUAUUUUGGAUCACAAUAGGAACAAGGGUGGUCAAGAAGCAGGUGGAGUAACUUCUAGUCUCGGUUGUGGAAGUGUUGAGAGUCCUAGUAGUGCAGUUUGCAGUUCAAAUUCUGAUAUUUUAGAACCAUCAGUUUCCUUCAGAAUUGAUUUUGGAAGGAGUGGAAUAGAGAAAAAGAACCUUCUGAAGAGGUAUGAAGAUUUACAGACUUGGACGUGGAAAGAAUGUUUGAACUCUUCGACUGUGCGCGCCUUGGCAUAUGGAAAGAAAAGGUGCUCGCAGCUAUUGGGGAUUUGUGAUGUUUGCCUUGCUUUUUAUGAUCCUAAAGAGGACAUUUGCCCUUCUUGCCAUCAGAUUCAUGGCAAUGUUGGUCCGAAAGGAAAUCCCCCCGAGCAGUUUACUGGUGAAAAGAGUAUAACAGAUGGGACUGACAUAAUCAUGUCAAACUCAUCUCCACCCAGAAUCAGAUUAAUUAAGGCCAUUGUAGCUUUGCUUGAGGUCGCUGUUCCAUCUGAGGCCCUUCAGUCUUCUUGGACAGAAGACCUUAGGGAAACUUGGGGCUUAGAGCUGCAGAGAUCUACAUCAAUCGAGGGUCUUCUACAGGUCCUGACUCAGUUUGAGGGGUUCAUAAAACGUGAUUAUCUGUCAGAAGAUUUUGAGACGGCGGAAGAAUUAUUAAGUUGCGACUCAUCAAGAGGUGCUGCCAAUGGAUUUAAGGACCCUGGAUCUGUUCCUCAACUUGCUUGGAUACCAAAAACUACUGCUGGUGUGGCUCUGAGACUUUUGGAGCUCGAUGCAUCUAUCUUCUACACUCCAAAUCAAAAGGCCGAGUCUUAUGAAGAAAAGAAAGUAGAGGCUCUUCCAAACUUUGCUUUAAGGUACGGUUACACAAAGGACACCCAAAAGGUCGACACUAUGGAGUUCGAUAUACAUGGACGUAUAAAGGAGGAAGACUGGGAUCAUCACACACCUGGCAGUUCUGGGUACAGGCAAGUGAUUCGUGGCCGAGGAGGAGGCGGCCGCCCCCGUGGUGGAAAGUCUCAGAAACGAGUCAUGGGCUCAUCACAAUCUGGCAAGCGUACUGGUAGUGCAAAGCAGCAAGGUGAGCCGUUGACGCAAAGUUUUAUGCAGCACAGUGUAAGAACACCUGGACAGAAGCAUGGACGGGGUAAAAGAACCGUUCGGAGGAGAAGAGCGGAGGAGCAGAAAACCGUUCCUGUAGAGAAUCUACGGGAUUACUUAAACAACGAAAAGGGCACCUUUCGGAAUAAUAAUAAUAAUGUUGAAAAUUCGGUUAAUUUUAGGGCUGGAAAUGUUGUGGUUGAAGAAGAUGAAAGCAGCAGAAGCAGCAGUAGCAUGGAAGAAGAAGCUGGUGAUUCUGAUGAUAAUAAUGGUAACGAGAACAUGUACCAAUACGAGAGUUGGGGAGGAGAAGCUGCAACUUAUGGUGUUCCUCCUAAUAGAAGUAAUGAGAUGGUAGAAAUGAGUGAAGAAGAAGACGAUGCUGAUGGAAUCGAGGAAGAAAAUUAUAACGAUGAAGAGGAGGAAGAAGAAGAAAACGAUGAUGGUGAAAAUUUGGGGAGAUAUAGGGAGUUUAGUGAAAAUGAUGGUGGUGGAAAUUUGGAGGGACAUAUGGGAUUCAAUGAAAAUGACGACGACGAUGAUGAUGACGAUGAUUCGGAUGGAGACGAAGAACAGAACCGCGACCAUGGUUCUCCGUCGGUUUCUGAAGACUACAGUGACUAAGGCCACCAAACUUCGGGUGAUUCCGGUAUAUUUUAAAGGUUUGAUUCUCUAUUGUGAUAUAUUGUUUUAGAUGUGACAGUUUUCAUAUUGUAAGCUAGUCUUCCACCAAAUUUGUUUGGUGCUAAUUAUUUCACUGUACUACUUCACAUGGUGUUGUUGUCUACCUAUCAGGUUACAGAGCUGUUGUAUAAGCAUAUAUUAUGUAUUGUUCCCCGAAAAUGGAUGUACAUGUGUUAUAUUGUUAAGCUUGAAUAAUUAUAUUUUAAUUUUAAAUAUA